AUGUCUGAAGAUUGUCUGAAGCUGUUGAACUUGAAGAUGAUAUGGCUGAAAACAAAGAAAAAAUCACAAGACAGAAAUGUCUGGUUCCCGUCAGUUAUUUUCAUCAGCUGUAGCAUCGUUAGAGGAGAUAAUAUCACAAAGCAUCGAAUCCUCGAAAAAUAUUUUCUUUCUGGCAUUGCUAGGCCAGAUUGUGUCAAAGUCCUUGUCAUUAUAUAUAUCAAAAGAUUGAUCAAUGAUGUUGAAUUUGAAGAUGAUCAGGCUGAAAACAACAAAAAGUUCAGUUGGGUGUGA